GACAUUGGAGUGUGAUCAUUCUUGUCCCAUCAUUCUACACUGUUGUGUUCCUCGUGGCUCUUCCUCUCAAUAUCAUGGCGAUCGUCAUGUUCCUGGUGAAGAUGAAGGUCAGGAAGCCGGCAGUGGUCUACAUGCUGAACCUCGCCAUAGCAGAUACCUUGCUUGUUAUCAUUCUGCCUUUUUAUAUUGUCUACAGAUUCUUGGGAAAUGACUGGAUCUUCGGGGAAGGAAUGUGUCGCUUUGUCACGGCAGCAUAUUACUGUAACAUGUACUGCUCCGUCCUGCUCAUGACAAGUAUCAGUGUGGACCGUUUCCUGGCCGUAGUCUACCCGGUGCGGUCUCUCCCCUGGCGCACAGUGUCACGAGCCUGGCUGGUAUGUGGUGCCAUCUGGGUCAUCUCAUUGGCCAGCAUUGUGCCUCUUCUCAUAAGAGAACAAACCUGGGUAUAUUAUAACAUAGAUAUCAUAUUUUGCCAUGAUAUUCAAUACAUUAGGUCUGAUCCGGAUUUCUAUUUUGAUUAUUUGAUCACUGUUAUCUCACUUUUCUUUUUCUUACCAUUAUUCAUCACAACUUUCUGUUACAUUGGAAUCAUCCGCAGUCUCAGCAGAUCACAAUUUGAUCGCACCCAUAAGAGAUCCCGAGCUAUCCGUCUAUCCGUGAUUGUACUGAGUGUGUUUGUCCUUUGUUUUGGCCCCUCCAAUGUCAUCUAUUUAAUGCAUUCUGUGCAGUUGUAUAAGGAUUAUGAUGUCUCUCUGUAUAUUCCCUACUUUGUCUCUUCCGGGAUCAGCACCAUCAACUGUUGUCUGGAUCCUCUUAUCUAUUAUUUUGCAUCCUCUGAGUAUAAGAGAUACAUCUACAGCUUUCUGCGCUGUAAGAAAGAUUAUCGCCCACCAGUAAAAUAGAAGUCUACCCUUAACCCCUUGUCUACUGGGAAAUAUUACCCCCUUCCUGCCCAGGCCAAUUCUCAGCUUUCAGUUCGCACUUUGA